AUGUCUCUGUUCAAGGCCCGUGAUUGGUGGUCGGCAGUGCUCGGCGAGGGGGAGGAGUUCGACCAGGGAUGCAUCUGUGUCGGAGACGUAGACAACAGCGGCACCGGACAUGAUAAGGUGGUGGUGGGCAGCUACAUGGGGAUGCUGCGGAUCUUCUUCCCUCACACCGGUAAAUCCAGCGAGGCGGGGCAAGGUGCAGCCGAGGCUCAGCUCCUCGAAGUCCAGCUUCAAAACGCCAUCAUCCAGGUGGAAGUGGGAAAGUUUGUCUCAUGUUCGGAGCUUCUUCACCUGGCAGUUCUUCACCCCAGGAAACUUUCAGUCUACUCAGUUUCAGGCACCGCGGGGAACGUGGAGCACGGCGAUCAGUACCAGCUGAAGUUGGUUUAUGAGCACAAUCUGCAGAGAACGGCCUGCAAUAUGACUUACGGCACCUUCGGAGGAGUCACAGGUCACCACUCCCUGUGCAUCCAGUCGAUGGACGGGAUGCUGAUGUUCUUCGAGCAGGACAGUUACUCGUUCGGCAGGUUCCUCCCAGGCUUCCUGCUGCCCGGCCCGCUGAUCUACAACCCCAGAACGGACAGCUUCCUCACCGUGUCCUCCGCACGCCAGCUGGAGAGCUACAAGUAUGAGACUCUGGCCGUGGCUACAGAAGCAGAGAGUCGACAGGAUCCCGACAUGCCUCUUAAGACCGGAGGCAAGAGGCUGAUGCCCGACUGGACGUUGGUCCUCGGAGAGCAGGCCCUCGACCUCUCCGUUCCCUCCUUCUCCCACUCCUCCUCCUCCAUCUUCGUCCUGGGCGAGAGGAACUUUUACUGUCUCCGUGACAACGGCAUGAUCCGCUUCAUGAAGAAACUGGAGUUCAACCCGAGCUGCUUCCUGCCCUACGCCUCAGUGAUCGAUGGCGCGACCAACCUGUUGCUAGGUAACCAUACCAACAUGCUGCUGGUUUACCAGGAUGUGACUCUGAAGUGGGCGGCCCAGCUCCCCUUCGUGCCCGUGGCCAUCCGCGUCGCCAACUUUCCGGAUUUGAAAGGAGUGGUGGUCAGCCUGAGUUCAGACGGUCACCUCCUGUGCUCCUACAUGGGAACGGACCCCUCCUUCUUCUCCAUGCCUAAGGUCGAUGCCAGAGAGGCGGAUUAUGAGCAGGUGGACGCUGAGAUGAAGAAGCUGCAGAGGUUCAUCAGAGAGGCGACAAAGACUCAAGACAUCCUGCCUCAAACUGACACUGAGGAGGAUCUGACUGUGAUGGCUGUCGUUUCCUCCAGCAUGGACGGCCCAUCGCAAGCUCUGAUCACAGAUAUCAAUGGUCUGCACGUCCCUUCAGUCACUGUACAGGUGAAGGUGAAGGCCAGUUGUGUUGUCCAGUCCUCCAAGCUGACAGUCGGAGUUCAGCCUCCUCUCGCUGUCACUCAGGACCAGUUUGUCCUCGAGCCCAUGGGUGUCGGCUCCUCUACUGUUGUGUCCUUUUCGGCUUUUCUAAACGGCCGCUACCCCCCCGCUGACCUGACGGGAGACAUCACCCUGUCCUACAACUCACCGACAGAACUUAAUCCUAAAGGAGUUCCCAGGGUUCUUCAGGCCAGGUUCAGUCUUCCUCUUGCGUUGGUGAGUGUUCCCGCCUCUCCGACCAAAACCACCAAGUUUAAGAUCACCGUGGAUACCAACCAGGCGCCGGUCGACCUCAACGCCAUCUUCCCGGAGUUUUCAGCUAAAUCAGAAGAUAAGGAUGGGAAUAGUUUGGCUUUCCAGUUCCUGUCAGGAGCCAAGGUUACCGUGCUGGCCUCCAAGACCUCCCAGCGUUACCGCAUUCAGAGUGACAGUUUUGAGGACAUGUGGUUAGUGGUGAAGGAGCUGGUGCAGAGGUUCGAUCUGCAUUUUACUAAACUGGGAGUCAAAGACUUCAAGAAAAGCUUCAGCGGACCGAUCCCGCUGCAGGAGUACUUCCUGUCUGUAGACCACCACUUCCAGCUGCGUGUCAGUGCUCAGCAGUACCAGGACCUUCUGUCAGAGCGAGCGGUCCAGUUCAGAGCCAUCCAGCGCCGCCUGUUGACUCGAUUCAAAGACAAAACCCCGGCUCCUUUACAGAACCUGGACACACUGCUGGACGCCACUUACAGUCAGGUGAUGGCGCUUGCCGAGGCGGCGGAGGAGAACCGGGCACUGCUGGAGGAGGCGUUCGUCCGUCUGCGGAGCGCCAGUCACCUGCUGGUGCUGCUGAUGACGCUGUGGCAGGGCCUGACCCCCGACCAGAGUGCCAUACUGGAGGCCACGCUGCUCCCGCUGCUGCAGGACACACCACAGCUGGGUUGGGAGGAGAGCUGUGAUGCUGCCGUCGCCCACCUCCUGCGCUCCUGUCUGUCACGGAGCCCCAAAGACCAGGCCACCUCUCUGGCCCAGGCUGGAGGUCCGGUGCUGGGUCUCCCCCGUGACACCGCCCGCCUCAAGAAGCACAUCACCCUAAUGUGCGACCGCAUCGGUAAAGGAGGCCGCCUCACGCUGGCCUCCGAGGCCAACGUCCAGGUCCCAGCGCAGGUCCAGAACCUGGCAGCUCCUGGAGGUGUGGAGACGAUUGCGGAGGCGACCGGUGAUGGAGAGGAGCCGGAUCUCCCUCCGGAGACGACCAAGUUCAUCAAGAAGAAACAGCCGUCAAAGAAAGUCAAGAAAGCGCUCUGCUCUCCUCUGUUAUUCGUACAUUCCCGCUUUGACUGCCGUUGGCUCGCCGUCUGCAGAAUCAGCACGGCUAGGAUUCUGGCCGGUGCCAAAAGACGGAAUCGAAUCGGAAGGAGGGACAGGAGGAAGGAAGGGAGGAAAGGAAAGAAGGAAGGGAGGAAG